CAACUCGGCCCGCUGCCCUUCUCUUCCCUAACGAUCACGCCCCUUUUCUUCCGAGGACAUGGAGGCGGACUAAGUCUAGAAGCCAAUCCGAAAAAUUCCCUCUCUCUCUCUCUCUCUCUCUCUCCCCCUCCCUCUCUCUCUCUCUGAAAAUCGGAUUUUGGGUCUCUCGCUCUCAAUUUGUCUGCUAUUUCUCCUCUCGAAGACUAGGUCAGUCGAAGGAGAGAGAGGGAUGGAAAAGGGAAGAAGUGUGCAUCCGGAUUGCAUCAACGCCUCGAAUCCUUACCACGAGUGCGUCGAAUAUUGCUUCCAAAGAAUCGCCGAAUCCAAAUCUCGCGCUGAAGAAGACGAGACCAAUGACAGCUCAAAGGAGCCAGAGGAGAGAAUUGUCCACCCGGAUUGCAUAAACGCUUCCAAUCCCUACCAUGAGUGCAGCGACCACUGCUUUAAGAGGAUUGCUGACUUAAAAGCUCAGAUCGAAAGGAAUGAAUCAGAUAAACAAACAGUGGUGUCAGUUGAAGAAGAAAGGGCAAAUCAAGUGGAACAAAAUGAUGGCAAUGUUGAUUCUGAAUCAGGCCAGCCACAUCUUACUGAGAAGCAGAAGAAGUUGUUCGAGCUGAGGUUAAAGAUGAAUGAGGCACGGAAGGCUAAUCAGAUGGCAAUGGUAGCUGAAAAGAAGAAGAUGGAAGCUCCAACAGAAACAAGGGGCAUCUCCAAACAAAAAUGGCUUGAUGAAAGGAAGAAAAAGAUUGGCAAGCUGCUUGAUUCAAAUGGUUUGGAUAUAUCAAAGGCUUACAUGCUCGACACGCAAGAGGCAGCUCAAGCAAAGUAUAAGAAGUGGGAAAAAGAUCCUGCUCCUCAUGGUUGGGAUGUUUUUAAUCAGAAAACCCUUUAUAAUGCUCACAAAAAGCGCACACAAAACAUUCAAUGUGAUAUGGAGGCAUAUAAUAAAGCAAAGGAAGAAGAUCCAGAGUUCUAUCGGGAGGCUUCUAGUCUACAGUAUGGCAAGAUGACGAAGACCCCUGAAGAAAAUAUUGAUCGAAUGGUGAAAGAACUUCAAGAUAGGGAUGCAAAACGCAAGUCAUUCAGCAGGAGGCGGAAGUUCCACGAGGAGAAGGAUAUCGAUUCGAUCAAUGACAGGAAUGAGCACUUCAAUAAGAAGAUUGAGAGGGCGUUUGGGAAAUACACUUUGGAGAUCAAGAAUAAUUUGGAAAGGGGAACUGCUUUGCCAGAUUAAUUUGCUAAUUUUAUGGAGCACAUACUUAUAUUGUGUAACAAUUUGGGAUCGACAAUGUUAAUUUGAAAAUUUUAUGCCAUUUGGGUAUGCAAUCGUUAUGAUGACUUGUAAGUUGUAUUCUCUAGCACUUUGUGUUUAAUCAAAUACCUAGUUGAAAUGUA